AUGAGAUUGUGGGGAUCAGGUAUAACUUUCCUUAUUUCAUGUGCUAUUUUGAAUAUAGCUGUGGUUAGCUCAAGAGAUUCUAGGAAUUCUAGAGAUUCCUUUGAUUCUUCUGAAGAACGUGCAAGAAGAAGACUUGCAACAGCUUCUGUUCCAGUAACACUUCCAAAAUCAUUUUACAGAGAAAAUCAAGAAAGACAAGCAUUAAAAUGUAGCCAACUCGGUGAUGGAAACUAUGUAUUUGGAUGUUCUGAAAGAUUCUGGACAUGCCGUGGAAGUACUGGUUAUCUUAUGAAUUGCCCAGAUGGCCUUUAUUUCAAUCCACUUCGUAAUCAAUGUCAAUAUAUUCAAAAUGUUGAUCUUUGUAAAAGUGAUGCACAUAGAGAUUCACUUGUUCCACAAAGAGCUGUUGAUGAAUUUAGUUGCUUAGGUAAAAAAGAUGGUUUCUACACAAAAGGAUAUUGUGAUGGUAAUUAUAUUAGAUGUAUCGAUGGACACCUUUAUAAUCAUCGUUGUCCAAGUAAUCUUGAAUUCGAUGAUAAAUUAAUUGCUUGUGUUGAUCGUAAAGAAGUUCAACAUUGUCGUACAGUUAGAAGAAUGAGUUUUAACUCAUAUCAAAAAAAGAAUAAAUUUCAAUGCAAUGGUAAAAAUUGUCAAAAAGAUAAUUCUAGUGAAGUUGACUGUUCGAUUCUUCCUGAUGGAACAUAUCCACCAAAUGGCUUAUUAUGUAAAGAUUUCUUCUACCAAUGUACUUCUGGUAAAUCUACUUUUAUGAAAUGUCCAAAAGAUCUUUUAUACUCAACAGAAAUGCAACAAUGUGAUGUUGCUGAAAAUAUUCCAGAAUGUGAAUAUGUUUUUGGUAGUCUUAAAAUUAAGAAAACAACAAUUAAAGUACAAAAAGCUAAACCACAUCCAGUUCCAAUUCAAACAACUAUUAAUUGCGCUGGUAAAGCUGAUGGUUUCUAUACAGAUGCACCAUGUACACCAUCUUAUCACCAAUGUUCUUCUGAAUAUUCAUUUAGUCAAGUUUGUCCUUCUGGUUUUGUAUUUGAUGUUCCUUCAAAAUCUUGUGUUACAUUAGAUAAAUGUCGCAAAUAUGAUAUGCCAAAUCAAGAAGCUAUGCCUACAUUUAAUCCAACAAAAAGUCCUGUCUAUUCAAAACCAACACAUCGUCCAAUAAAUUCAACCACACAAACUACUUUACCAUUACUUGAUGGUUUCUGUGCUGAGAAAGCUGAUGGAACUUAUCCCCUUGGAUGUAGUAAUGAAUAUUAUGUAUGUAGCUUUGAACAUACCUAUAAAAUGAAAUGUUCUGGAAAUACAGUAUUUGAUGUUGAAACUAAUACUUGUGAUAUUCGUUCAUAUGUAUCCGCUUGUGGAGGAAAAAGACCAGAAUCAGAUGCAACAACUCAAUCUACUCCAGUUGUUAGAGAUCCAUUCUGUGAUGGAAAAAGUGAUGGUUCUUAUGCUACAGGAUGCUCAAAUGAAUAUUAUGUAUGUAAUGGUGGUUUUGCUUUUAAAAAUUCAUGUCCACCAGGAUUAGUUUAUUCUGUUGAAGAUGAUGCCUGUUUAUAUAAAAAACACGUAAUUGCUUGUGGUGGUACACAAACACAAAAAGUUGAAACAACACCUGCUCCAACUGUUCCAUAUGAUCCAUAUUGUGAAGGAAAAUCAGAUGGAUAUUAUUCUGAAAAAUGUUCUGAUGUUUUCUAUUACUGUAAUGGAGGAUUUACAAACAAACAAACAUGUCCAAUUGGAUUAUUCUUUGACGUUGAAUAUGAACAAUGUGAUCAUAAAGAAGAAAUUGCUGCAUGUGGAGGAAAGAAAUCACCACCAACAACAACUACUUCUAGUCCAAUGUCUGAUGUACCAGUUGAUCCAUUCUGUAAUGGAAAAGCUGAUGGAUAUUAUGCUAAUGGUUGUAGUAGUCAAUAUUAUGCAUGUACCGGUGGAUAUACAUUUAAAAUGUACUGUGUUGAAGGAACAUUCUUUGAUCCAGUAGAAAAUAAAUGUUUUGUUAAAGAAGAAUGCCCUGCAUGUGGUGGAACAUUACCUUCACCAACUCCUGAACAAACUUUCGAUGUAGGAGUUGUUGAUACAUUCUGUAACGGUAAAGAAGAUGGAUAUUAUGCAGAUAAAUGUGAUACAACAUUUUACAUUUGUGAAGGUGAAUUUGGAGAAAAACAAUCAUGUCCACCUGGAUUAUAUUUUGAUGCAGAAUUUAACAUGUGUGAUUGGAAAGAUCAAAUUACCGCUUGUGGAGGUCAAAGAACUACACCAGAGCCAACAGUUACUUAUGCUCCAGUUGUUUUCGAUAACUUCUGUGUCGGAAAAGCUGAUGGUUAUUAUGCUUUAGAUUGCAGUAGUGAAUAUUAUGGUUGUGUUGGUGAAGUAGCAGCAAAAAUGCAUUGUCCACCAGAUCUUUUUUAUGAUGCUAGAGAAAAUGAAUGUCUUCCAAGGGAUGAAGCAUCAACAUGUGGAGGAACUAAAAAAGUUUACACUACUAUGGAUACAUCUAUUGCUGCUGAUCAUGGAGUUGUUGAUACUUUCUGUGCUGAUAAAAAUGAUGGUUUCUAUGAUUUCCAAUGCUCAUCUGAUUAUUACAAUUGCUUCGGAGGAUUUGGAUCAAGACAAGCUUGUCCACCUGGAACUAAAUUUGAUAUGGAAAAUAAAGAAUGCAACUUUGCCAGUGAAAUUGUUGCAUGUGGAGGAUCACCAAAACCUAAAGUUGAACAACCAGUAUAUGCUCCAAUUGAAGUUAACCCAUUCUGUGUUGGAAAAGAAAACGGAUACUAUGCUCUUGAAUGUUCAGGAAAAUAUUAUUCAUGUCUUGAAGAAAUUGCCGUACAAAUGAACUGUCCUUCCGGACUUGUUUAUGACGACAAAUACCAACAAUGUUUAACACCAGAAGAAGCACCAGCUUGUGGUGGAGCAGGACCAACUGAAUUUACACCAGCUUCAACUAUGGCUUCUGAUGUCGGUGUUGUUGAUACUUAUUGUCAAGGAAAAUCUGAUGGAUAUUAUAGUGAUGAAUGUAGCAACUGGUUCUACAAUUGUAACAGUGGAUAUGGAAAUAAAGUUUUAUGUCCAGCUGGUCUUUUGUUUGAUAAAACAACAAAUGCCUGUGAAGUUAGAAAAUAUGCUGUUUCAUGUGGAGGAAAACCAAGACCAAAACCAACAAUUCACACAAUGGCAGAACAAUUACCUAAUGAUCCAUUCUGUACUGGAAAAGGAAAUGGUUACUAUGCAACUGGAUGUUCAAAUAUGUAUUAUGGAUGUAAUAAUGAAGUUACACAAAAAAUGUAUUGUCCAGCUGAUACAUUCUUUGAUGAUGAAAUUAAUAAAUGUUCAUUCAGAAAUGAAGUUCCAGCUUGUGGAGGUACUCGUCCAUCUUUAGUUGCUGAAAGUCCAAGUGUACUUCUUCAACCAAGUGCUUAUUGUGAAGGAAAAUCAAGAGGAAGAUAUGCAGAUGGAUGUCAAUCAUAUUUCAUCUUCUGUAAUGGUAAAUUUGCCGAAAGAAUUAAUUGCCCCGCAGGACUCUAUUAUGAUGUAGUAAAUGAACAAUGUGAUUCUAGAGCUAAUAUUCCUGUUUGUGGAGGUGUUUCUCCAACAAAACCAGUUUCUACUCCACGUCCUGUUAUCAAAAAUGUUUGUGAAAAUAAGGCAGAUGGAAUUUAUUGUAGAGGAUGUGCUCGUGAAUGUUUGAAAUGUCAAUCUGGAGAAGCAGUAAGAUUUACAUGUCCAGAAGGACUUUUCUAUGACAAAGACUCACAAUCAUGUGAAACAAAAGAAAAUAUUGUUGAAUGUGGAGGAAAGAAAACAACAACAACUUUACCACCAGUUACAACAACUGAAGCAUCACCAUCAUUAGAUGUUGUCCAAGGAAAACCAUGUGAUGUAAAGAAAUGGGUAAAACCACUUGGUCAAGCUUGUGGAACUGAAUUCUUUGCAUGUUACAAUGCCAGAGUAAUUAAAUUUAUUUGCCCACAAAAUCAAAAAUUCGAUCAAAAUCUUGGAAGAUGUAGAAUGAGACAGCAUUAUCCAAUAUGCUGGCAAUCAAAACCAAAAUUGAAUGAUUAUCAUGAAAAACAUAAUCAUCAUGAACAUGCAUCACAUCAUCAUGAACAUCAUCACCACCAAGAUCAUAACAAACAGAAAAAACCACAAUAUGGAGAACAAAAACAAUCAUAUACCAAAAAACCACAUCACAAUGUAAAAGGAGGAAAUGUUUCAACCACUACAAUGAAACCAUUUAUUAAGACAACUGAUGAAAAAGAAAAGAAAUAUGUUUUCGAUGUCUUAAAUGAUACUAAGAAACCUUUUACUCAAGAACAUAAAACACGUUUCUGUGACAAUGUAAAUAAUGGAAUUUACCACAAAAAGUGUAGUCCAUAUUAUAUAGUUUGUUCUGCUAGUAAGAGAAAUUACUUCAGUUCAUGUCCUGAUGGUCAAUACUGGAGUGGAAAAUCAUUCUCAUGUGAACCAAAAGAACAAAUGGUAGAAUGUUUUCAAUAA